AUGUCGAGCAACGGAGGAGAAACCAUCGAUAUCAAUGGCAACGAGCUGAUCGGGCUUGAUGUGGUGGAGAACCAAGUAAGUGAGGCAGCCCAGGCGACGAGAACCAAGGAGAUGGCGAUCCAAGAGCUGGGCAUCGAUAUCGAGGCGUCACCAAUGCUGGGUGUCAUUGAGGAGGGACCCCGCCCCAUAGCUAGCAGUACAAUGGUUUCAGCAAACAAGAGCUUCGGCAUCUGCUUGUCUCUGGUCUUCUCUUUAGCCGCUAGGGUUUAA